AUGGCGGAGCUUCGCCGGCGCUCGAUGAGAUCGGGAGACGAAGCUGCGGAGCCGAAGGCUUUAUUUGGAUUCGGGAGGAGUGCUUUCAAGAAGGAAUCAACUUCUGUGGCCGCUCGUGCGGUCACCGGUAAAUCACCUGAAAAUGGGCAGCAGAAAGGUCAAUUAGCAAUGAAUAAUGUAGAACCAGGGAAUGGAAACAACAUUGCAGCACAGACAUUCACUUUCCGGGAUCUCGCUGCGGCAACGAAGAAUUUCCGAUCGGAAUUCUUGUUGGGUGAAGGAGGAUUUGGCAGAGUUUACAAAGGAUUUCUUGAGAAAAGUAACCAGUUUGUGGCAGUAAAACAAUUGGACAGGAAUGGUUUGCAAGGGAACAAAGAAUUCCUUGUAGAAGUUCUAAUGCUCAGCCUUCUUCAUCAUCCAAAUCUUGUAAAUCUAAUUGGAUAUUGUGCCGACGGAGAUCAGAGGCUUUUAGUUUAUGAGUACAUGACUUUGGGCUCGCUCGAAGAUCAUUUAUUAAAUAUCUCGCCGGAUAGACAACCAUUGAGCUGGUACACAAGAAUGAAAAUAGCAUUCGGCGCAGCAAAGGGACUGGAGUAUUUGCAUGAAAAGGCAAACCCACCGGUUAUAUAUCGAGACCUCAAAUCAUCGAACAUUUUACUUGAUCAAGACUUCAAUCCAAAACUUUCUGAUUUCGGUCUUGCUAAACUUGGUCCUAUUGGUGAUAAGAUUCAUGUAUCUUCAAGAGUGAUGGGCACUUAUGGUUAUUGUGCUCCAGAGUAUGCGAGAACUGGUCAGCUUACACUCAAGUCUGAUGUUUAUAGUUUCGGAGUUGUUCUGCUUGAGAUGAUCAGUGGCCGACGAGUCAUCGACACUACCAAGCCAAUAAAUGAGCAAAAUCUCAUCGCUUGGGCACAACCGAUGUUUAAGGAUCAGAAAAGAUUUCGGGAGCUUGUUGAUCCUCGGCUUCACCAGAAUUUCCCUCAGAAGGCAUUGAAUCAGGCGGUGGCCGUGGCCGCAAUGUGCCUACAAGAAGAGGCCACGGUACGGCCUUUGAUAGCUGAUGUUGUGAUGGCAUUGAGCUUCCUUUCGACCGAACCAGUGGGGAGUCCUGCUCCUCCGGCGGUGGUCGUGAUGGAUGAGAGUAGGCGGAGCCAUUGCUCGCGCUCGCCCUCACACUCGUCUGAUGAUGCAAGCGACAUUCAUCAUAACAGUUCAAGUUCUAGGAGUAGCAAUGCAUCAUAUCAAGAAGAAAGUGAUUAA